AUGGCCACAGACCACCAGAACCCUGCCUCCAAGCAGCAGCAGCCACGCACCAGUGCGUUUAAGCUGGUUAUCUACGAGCAGGAAAACUUCCAGGGACACUCCCAUGAGCUGACCGGUCCUUGCAGCAACCUCCAGGAAGCUGGGGUAGAGAAAGUGGGCUCUAUACUGGUGCUGUGUGGACCAUGGGUGGGAUAUGAACAGGCCAACUGUAAGGGGGAGCAGUAUGUGCUUGACAAGGGGGAGUAUCCUCGCUGGGAUUCCUGGACCAACAGCAGGCGCAGUGACACCAUUGUUGCAUUCCGCCCGAUUAAAAUAGACAGCCAGGAGCACAAGAUUGUCCUCUAUGAAAACCCCAGCUUUGCAGGGAAGAAGAUAGAAAUCAUAGAUGAUGAUGUCCCCAGCUUUUAUGCACAUGGCUACCAGGAGAAGGUUUCCUCUGUUCGGGUUCAGAGUGGCAUUUGGGUGGGCUACCAGUACCCAGGCUACAGAGGCUAUCAGUACCUGCUUGAAAAGGGGGAGUAUAAGAACAGCGCUGAGUUUGGAGCCCAGUUUCCUCAGAUCCAGUCAGUUCGGCGCAUCAGAGACAUGCAGUGGCAUCAGAGGGGUGCGUUUCACCCCAUAAACUAAGCUUGUGAAUCCUUCCUGUAAUGAACCCUGAGUUUACUCCACCUUACUCCCCUCUAAGGUGAUA